ACGAUCGAUCGUUCACGGGAAAUUUCGGUACCCCAGGAGUAGCCAACCGGAUAACUACCCCGCAUUUUCUUGUUCUGACCUGCCCCCACAAUAUGCCACCAGUAACGACGUCGGAUACCCAGCAGGAGACUCAGACGUCUUCAAUUCUCAAGGAGCGUCGGUUCAAGCUGAGCAGGGCAUGCGACCGCUGUCGUCGGAGGAGAAUCAAGUGCGACGAAGGCCAUCCAUGCCAGGCUUGUCUUACUGCUAAUUCAGCAUGUACGUUCGAGGAGCCUGGGAAGAGGACCCACCCACACAAGUCCAAACGAACUGCGACGUUGGAGGACCGGAUGCACCACCUCGAAACGCUAAUACAAGCAAUACCACCCGCUGUUUUCGCUGCUGGUGGUGCAGCUGCAGUGAACCCAGCGAAGCAGUCUUCUCCCACCGAUAUCAACAGCCCUGCUUUUGCCUUUCCCGCCUUUCCCUCGGGAAUCCCCCCACCUUCCUUGCAUGUAUUUCCACUCACUAACCCUUCAACACAUUUCUCACCACCUCCUCAAUCUACCGACGGCCGACAACGCAGUCCUAGUUCGUCUUUCCAGUCUCUCAUGGGAAAUCUCUUCACAGGGAGUGGUCCAGAUACCAUCGUGGACGACACCUCGCGGAUGUCGCUCACUGCUUCGUACUUGUAUUUCGACGACGAGGGGUACACGCGAUGGCAGGGCGAAACGUCCGGUUUGCCCCUGUUAGAUCUUCUAGUCGAGCGACACAACCCCUCCGAGACGGCGAGCGAAGGCACGCCAUCAAACGAAACUGCAUCGGCAGCUAAGAAAAUUGCCAAUUCUCAGGAGCCGCAAUGGUUUCCCAACCGAACACCCCGGAGAACACACAUUAAUCCCCAGACGCUCUGGUCGAUGAUAACGACAUACAUCGAACCGGAGCUUAUGGACAGCCUCGUGCAAUGUUAUCUCUCAACAUCAUAUUACAUCCUCCCCUUCAUCCACGUCCCGACUUUCCUUGCAGACUACGGCAACCCACAAAAAUGGGGAGAGCCUGGAUUUGCCGCAUUCAUUGUCUCCAUUUGUUGCCUGGCGUCCCGGCACAUGGAUGACCCUCGUGUUCGUGCCGAUCCCAAUGACAGUAUCUCUGCUGGUACACAUUGGUUCGAGCUUCUUGGACGGCUACGCACCCUCCCUACUGCGGACCGACCCACCCUAUAUACCAUACAAGCUAACCUCAUCGCUGCCGUAUACGCUAUCGGCCUUGGUCGGCUUUCAAAAGGCGCUGCCCUCCUCUCAGAAGCCAUAACCGUCUCUGUUGAUGCCGGUCUUCACCGUUCAGCUGACACAUACGAUCUUUUCGACCCGAUUGAGGAUGAGGUGCGGAAACGCACGUUUUGGUGCGUGUAUAUCUGGGAUAAGCAGCUAAGUGCGCAUUUUGGACGACCGCCGAUGAUUCGAUUGAGAGAUUGUGAUGUGGGGGAGCCGGCGCCUGUUGAUGAUGAAUAUAUCACGCAUGAAGGUGUUGGAGUGCCGCCUCCAGGUACCGAAUGCCGCAUGAGCGCUUUCAUAUUUUCAUUACGGAUUUUCGUGGUGGCGGAAUCGGUGCUGGAUGUACCUCCAGCGAGGCAGUCCUCAUCACCUUUUAUGGCGAAGGCAGCCGCGUUGUUGACUGGGUCCUCCGGGUGUAAGCUGUUGAAGGAUGAGGAGAUACUACUGGAUGAGAUCCAUCGGAGUAUACCUCCCAUCUGGUCACAAUCUGCAGAGACUUUGGGCACGGAAGAUACGAUUCGGCUGACGCAGGCGGAGCGAUUACACUGUGCGGAGCAUUUUGUACGGCUCUUGAUCCAUCGACACCGGUUUUCACAGAUGGUUGCUGAACGGCAUGCAGCGGGCGGGGAUGAUGAGCAACAGACCGAUGCUGAGAAGGAGGCUAUGGUCGCUGCGCAUAAUUCGGCACUGCAAAUCGCAGCUGCGCAUCUGCAUAUUGCUAGGAAGGGGUUGAUGACCUACUAUGGCGUUCACGUUAUCCACCAACUUACCCAAGCUGGGCGGACUCUCGUAGCCGUUCUACUCAACUGCAAAUCUGAUACGUUGCAACACCUGAUACCUUCCGGCCUCGACGCGCUGCGCUCAUGUAUCGGUCUCCUGAGAAGAUUUAGCGGUCGUUAUAUCUGCGGGCUUCGUUCUGGGGAUCUCAUGGAAGAAUUCUGCCGAUUAACUCAAAUUCCGUUGGAGCCCACUCCACAACAAGACAAUCUUCAAAAUGACAGACGGCCGCCCUGGAUCCGACCAGUACGCAAAAAGGCGCCGUCUAUUGCACGAUCGAAUUGUAGCGGAGAAUCUCCCAGUCCAGAAGCCUUUUCGCCGUCUGACUUCUUAGACGCCCAGAAAGCUGCAGGGCCGUCAUCGUCUUUUCCUUCGGCACCACCGUCUUCAGGAACGCCUGUGACGAAAUUCGAGCAGCCGUCGUUUGCUGACGGCUCCGGGAACAUGAACAUGGAUCUCAUGGGCAACGAGCAACUAUACAUGUCGCCGUCGGAUGUCAUGUCGCUGUUCAACGAUGGCUCGGUCGACCUCGGACAAAUUUUCAAUCCAGAGUUUAUCCAGCCACCUAGCUCUUCGGAUGGGCAUAAUAUCAGUGGGGGAGGAGAGCCGUACCUGAAAAUGACCGGUAUCGUCACUUCCCCAUAGCAACACUGAAUGCGUGGCGCAUUUUCUCAUUUACUUACGUGGAAGGGACAAAUCAGUGCACGCUGCAGAUCAUAAUCAACGAAGGCAAUAUGUACUAUGUAGCUCCAAGGAUAUGUGUAUAAUAUUCUUAUGUUUUUUCUGUAUGUUGGAUACCGAUUGAUACGAGCCUCGUUGCUCUCAGGUCCGAAGCGCCAUAUGAAUGCGCACAAUGCGCUGCUCUUGCGACUUGCCAAAUUAGGACGGUUCUUUCAACUUUAUUCGCAUUUUCACAUCGGAAGCUGUCCGAGUCACGCUU